AUGGUCGCGAGUGCGCUGCUGCAUCUUCACCAGCAGGGCGAAGGCCUCGGCAAGGAGACCAUCUCGCUCGACCUGCUCUUCGGCGUCCAGCACCUCUCGUCUCACGACGGAUCUGCCCAAUCAAGCUCCUCGGCGUCAUCUUCCUCGGCAGACGAGGCUGCACAGGCGCUGGGCGUCUCGCUGCAAAACCGCGCGGGCGUCAUCAUUGUGCCUCUCGUCAACGGCGAGCUGUCCUGGUGGCUGGCCGCCGCUCUCAUGCUCGUGAACUCGUUUAUCGGGCGAGCAAAGCAGUGCCUCGAUUUCGCCGCAACGUUUCAUCUCUUGCAUCUCGUCUUCUCGACCGUCUACGGUGGCUUCCCUUGGAGCGUGUCGUGGUGGCUGGUCAAUGUCGCAUCGCUCGCCUUCAUGACUGUUACCGGAGAGUUCAUUUGCAUGCAGAAUGAGCUCUCGGCCAUUCCGAUUCUUGGUGCUCGCCUGGGCGAGUUAUAG